AUGGCAAAUAUUCUCUUAGCUUCACUCAUCCUUCUCUCUAUCGAGUUUAGCUCUAGUGACGAUGAAAAUAUUAAAGAUUGUGCAACUGCAGAUGCAAAUCCUCGUCCCACAAUUCCACCAGAACAUUGCCAGGACGUAAAUACCAAUGAGUGCGCUGCAUUGUUUCCGCUAGGCGGACAACAAGUUCUGGACAAUCUCAAUGUGUAA